AGGAGACGGAAGACCUUGUUCUCUUGAGCUUACAGCCAGUUAUGCUGUGUAGUAUGCGGCGAAAGUAAUACAAGAUGUCUCUGGCGGAUGAAUUAUUGGCUGACCUUGAGGAGGCAGCAGAAGAAGAAGAGGAGAACUUGAUUGACGAAGAUGAUUUGGAGACCAUUGAAGAGGUGCAGGAGGAGAUGCAAGUGGACUUAAAUGCAGAAUCAGUAAAAAGCAUUGCCAAGCUAUCGGAUAGUAAAUUGUUUUCAGAAAUCCUUUUAAAGAUUGACGGAUACAUCAAAAAGCAACCAAAGGCUUCUGAAGUAAUGGGCCCUGUUGAAGCUGCUCCAGAGUACAAAGUUAUCGUUGAUGCUAACAAUCUGACUGUGGAGAUUGAAAAUGAGCUAAAUAUCAUUCACAAAUUUAUUCGGGACAAAUAUUCCAAGAGGUUUCCUGAGCUGGAGUCCUUAGUUCCUAAUGCUUUGGAUUAUAUAAGGACUGUGAAGGAGCUAGGGAACAAUCUGGAUAAAUGCAAAAACAAUGAGAAUCUUCAGCAAAUUCUGACCAAUGCAACUAUCAUGGUUGUAAGUGUGACAGCCUCCACAACUCAGGGGCAGCAAUUAACAGAUGAAGAACUGGAACGAAUUGAAGAAGCGUGUGAUAUGGCGCUAGAACUCAACCAAUCCAAACACAGAAUUUAUGAGUAUGUGGAAUCUCGUAUGUCAUUCAUUGCUCCUAACCUCUCCAUCAUUGUCGGGGCCUCCACUGCUGCCAAGAUCAUGGGUAUUGCUGGAGGUCUUACCAAUCUCUCGAAGAUGCCAGCUUGUAAUGUCAUGCUGCUGGGAGCUCAGAGGAAAACAUUAUCUGGUUUCUCCAGCACCUCGGUGCUGCCACAUACAGGAUACAUUUAUCACAGCGACAUUGUCCAGUCCUUGCCACCAGACUUGCACAGAAAAGCAGCACGACUGGUAUCUGCAAAAUGUACCUUGGCAGCACGUGUUGAUAGUUUUCAUGAGAGUUCAGAAGGAAAGGUUGGAUAUGACCUAAAAGAAGAGAUUGAAAGAAAAUUUGAUAAAUGGCAAGAACCUCCACCAGUCAAACAAGUGAAGCCCCUUCCUGCUCCACUGGAUGGACAAAGAAAGAAACGUGGAGGCCGCAGGUACCGCAAAAUGAAGGAACGUUUGGGGUUAACAGAAAUCCGUAAACAAGCCAACAGAAUGAGCUUUGCAGAGAUUGAAGAAGAUGCAUAUCAGGAAGAUCUAGGCUUUAGCUUGGGUCAUCUUGGGAAGUCUGGAAGUGGCCGAAUACGUCAAGCUCAAGUCAAUGAAGCUACUAAAGCUAGGAUCUCCAAGACAUUACAGCGUACUCUGCAAAAACAAAGUGUGGUCUAUGGAGGAAAAUCCACUAUUAGGGAUCGAUCUUCGGGUACUGCUUCCAGUGUUGCCUUCACGCCUCUUCAGGGGUUGGAGAUUGUUAAUCCUCAGGCGGCAGAAAAGAAAGUGGCUGAAGCAAACCAGAAGUACUUUUCUAGCAUGGCGGAAUUCCUUAAAGUGAAAAGUGAGAAGUCUGGCACCAUGACACAGUGAGACACUACAGGGCUAAUUUACUAACACAGGUGCUAAACUGUGCCAGUGCAGUUACCCAUAGCAAGCAAUUAGAAUUUAGCUGUUUCUAACUUACAGCAGACAGUUCAGAACAAAUUCUUACAUGGGUGCGAUGAAUGCACUGAGGCAAUUUAGCACCCACAUUAGUAAAACCAGCCCCUCAAUGUCUGUCCAGUCCUUUACUGGGCAGACUAGUAUCAUCUGAUGAAUGAACUGGUGAACACUGAUCUGAAGCCAUUUGUAUGUACCUGGUCUGGAUUGAAUAUAAAUAUACUGGCUCCUGAGCUGUCAGCAGUCAAAGGGAUAACUUGGAAGGACGGGCUGAUAACCAGAGAUUUUCCAUUGGACAAUUCAGAAAGUUUUGUUUUUAAAUACUUUUUU